GAGAAGGAAGAGGCUAUACCGAAAUGGCUUUCGCCAAUCGAAUAUUCCCAUCAGCAGCGUGACUAUAACCGCCGUCUGCAAGAAGGAGAAGGCCAAUGGUUCGUUCGCAGCCCAGAGUUUCAGAGGUGGAUAGGGUCCAGGAAACAGACCUUGUUUUUCCCAGGGACUCCUGGUGUCGGAAAGACCAUUCUCACAUCUCGUGUUAUUGACGAGCUUUACAAAAGAUACCAGCGAGACCCUAGCAUUGGUUUUGCAUAUCUUUAUUACGAUUACCGGCGGCAAGAUGAACAAGACAUCGUCUCUCUAUUGGCAAGUCUACUGAAGCAACUAUCAGAGAUGAAACACUCCCUGCCAGAAGAAGUGCAGGAUCUAUACGGAAAGCAUAAGAAUCGCCAGAGCCGGCCCUCCCUGCUUGAGCUUGUAGGAGUAUUGAAAAGGGUCAUUUGGUAUUUCUUGCAAAGUUUUAUCAUUAUCGACGCUUUGGAUGAAUGGCAAGUCGCCGGAGGAUGCCGCAAUGGGCUGCUAUCCGAGAUCUUCCAACUGGCGGCAGACCGGCCAAAGGCUGAGGCCAGGCAGGCGGGGAUCUAG